UUUCGUAUUUUUUCACUUAGCCAACGAGAAACCAGACGAGAAGAAAAAAAAAAAAACUAUUUUUCAUCCCCUUUUGCUUUCGGAAACCCUAGUUUUCUCUUCUCAGCGACGAAAAGCUUCGAAUCUGUGCUAUUUUCUUGGAAGAAAUCGUCGAAUAUCAGUCAUCGGAUCUUGUCUUUCUGCUAAUGAUUGUUGAUCUAACAUCUGAGAGAUGGUAGCUGAAGCAGAAGUUUGUCAUCCGAGCAUCACUGUUUUGGAUGCUCAGUAUAGAUGCAGCAUCGCCAAAGGGAGCGAUUUUCAGAAGAUUGAAGAGAUCGUCCACGUGUCAGCGCCUUCGUCGCCGGUCUUUCAUCAGAUUCGCGAUUCGGAUUCAGUUUCUGUGGAUAUCUCGCGAUCUGAACUGGAUCUGAGAACCCCGGAAGCUAUUUCAGAUGAUUCCCUUGAAUCUACCAUUCUUCAAUUUGUCCCUAGCAUUCGAUCUGGAAGCCAUGCAGAUAUUGGACCCCGGAGGUUCAUGGAAGAUGAACACAUAAGGAUAGAUGAUCUUUCUUCACAUUUAGGAUCAUUGCUCACUUGCCCUACACCAAGCGCAUUCUAUGGGGUGUUUGAUGGUCAUGGAGGCCCUGAUGCAGCUGCAUUCAUACGAAGGAAUGCUAUGCGAUUCUUCUUCGAAGACACCAAUUUCCCCCAAGCAUUUCAGGCUGAUGAUGUCUUCUUAGAAGAAGUGGAGAAUUCUGUCCGUGGAGCAUUUCUUCUGGCCGACCUCGCUUUGGCUGAUGACUGUUCUGUUAGUAGUUCUUCUGGGACAACAGCACUCACUGCUUUUAUAUUUGGAAGGCUUCUUCUAGUAGCCAAUGCAGGUGACUGCCGCGCCGUCCUCUGCAGGAAAGGUGAGGCAGUUGAGAUGUCCCAAGAUCACAAGCCCAAAUACACUGCAGAGCGAAAACGGGUUGAGGAGUCGGGUGGAUACAUUGAUGACGGCUACCUCAACGGUGUCCUCUCUGUUACUCGAGCACUAGGUGACUGGGAUAUGAAGCUACCACGGGGUUCCCCCUCACCCCUGAUCGCAGAGCCUGAAUUCCGCCAGGUUGUUCUCACUGAAGAGGAUGAGUUCCUGAUCAUUGGUUGUGAUGGGAUCUGGGAUGUGAUGUCAAGCCAGCAUGCUGUGAAUGUUGUCCGCCGUGGGCUGCGCCGCCAUGAUGACCCAGAGCAAUGUGCAAGGGAGCUCGUGAUGGAGGCAAAGUGGCUCAAAACGUUUGACAAUCUCACGGUCAUUGUGGUGUGUUUCAAUGCAGACCGAGAUGGGGAUUCGCCCCCAGAACACGGAGAACUUCCGAGAUUGAGGUGCUGCAGCCUCUCAGCAGAAGCACUAUGCAACCUGAAGAGCUUCCUGGAAGAGGAUGGCCGUUGAAUGUACAAAUUAAAUAAUUUAAACAUUAGAUUAUUCUGUAUUGUGGCUGCUUCAAGUGGGGUAUGUUUGCAGAAGAAAAAAAAAAAAGUAGCCGCCAACAGUUUUGUAGGGGGGAAGAAAUGGUUGGCGAUGUUUUGUUUUGGGUGGUGUGUUGUGUAAAUAUAUAUUGGGGGGGAUUGGUAGGGGUGUUGGUUGGGGGUUGGAGAUGUAGAGAUGCAGUUAUUAUUAUUAUUUUAGUUUUUAUUUAUUUAUUUUAUUGUUGUUGAUGAUGAUGGGUUGUGCUGAUUUGUACAGUUCUUUCCUGUAUGUAGACUAUGUUUUAAGGAGAGAGAGAGAGAGAGAGAGAGAGAGAGAGAGAGAGAGAGAGCUGUGGCCUUGUGUUGUUUCAGAUGCAUUGCAUAAGUAGGCUUGUCUAGCGAGGUACAAAACUAAUAGAAGCCGAUGAGCACAUGGCACUCUUUGAAACGAUUGGAAGCAGGUGAGCAGCUGCCUACUUUGACUCGCAGAAACUUCCCGACCCUCUCUCCCCCCCCAUUCGUGGGUGGUUGGUGACUCGUUGCAACUUUUGUAACUAGCGGGCCUGAUCAAUGUUCCGGUGACAGAUGUUAAAUGUAUGUCGAUAAGGUCGUGUGAUUUAAUAAGGAUCUCGGGCGGACAGCCUACGUGUCAGAUAUUACGGCCAUUAAUCAGUUUGGUAUACUGUGAAGUGUGAACAUGGACGCCGAUUGCGUGCGACUUCCAAACUGCUGGAAGUUACUUCGUGUGGAAGCUAGGUAGAUAUUUGUGAGAAAUUCACUCCUUUUUCAAAGCCGUUUUAGAAUAUGAUGUAAACGACCGACAAAGUUGUAGAAAGGAAAAUAUCUACCUUGAAACCGUUUUUAAUGUCCACGGUGAUGUUUUUAUACCA